GCUUUGCUUCACGUUGGCGGUCAUCACCUGUUCAGACACUUCCGGCGCCAUGAGCUCGACGCCCCAGCCUCUAGCGGGCGUGCCCAGCUUGGACAGACUGUCUGCGUCCUCCUGCGCAACCUGCUUCCCCGAGCGCUGCGGAGCCUGGUCCGGGCUGGCCCCUCUGCUACCCCGGGAGCGGGCCAUGCCGCCGCGGGAGCUGAGCGAGGCCGAGCCACCGCCUCUCCCAGCUUCGACCCCUCCUCCACAGCGGCGCAGCGCACCUCCCGAGCUGGGCAUCAAGUGCGUGUUAGUGGGCGAUGGUGCGGUGGGCAAGAGUAGUCUCAUCGUCAGCUACACCUGUAAUGGUUACCCCGCGCGUUACCGGCCCACGGCACUGGACACCUUCUCCGUGCAAGUCCUGGUAGAUGGAUCCCCUGUGCGAAUCGAACUCUGGGAUACCGCAGGGCAGGAGGAUUUUGAACGGCUUCGCUCCCUCUGCUACCCGGAUACUGAUGUGUUUCUGGCUUGCUUCAGUGUGGUGCAGCCCAGCUCCUUCCAGAACAUCACAGAAAAAUGGCUGCCUGAGAUCCGCACUCACAACCCCCAAGCACCUGUGCUGCUGGUGGGCACUCAGGCUGACCUGAGGGAUGAUGUCAAUGUACUAAUUCAACUGGACCAGGGAGGCCGGGAGGGCCCAGUACCCCAACCCCAAGCCCAGGGUCUGGCCGAGAAGAUCCGGGCCUGCUGCUACCUUGAGUGCUCAGCCUUGACGCAGAAGAACUUGAAGGAGGUGUUUGACUCAGCCAUUCUCAGUGCCAUAGAGCACAAAGCCCGCCUGGAAAAGAAACUGAACGCAAAAGGUGUGCGCACGCUCUCUCGCUGCCGCUGGAAGAAGUUCUUCUGCUUUGUUUGAGCAGUUAUGACUGUGCAAGAGGUAGGCAGGUGGCCCGAGACUGCUGGACCCUGGGACAUCGGGUACUACUAGCAGAGCCUGGCCAGCUCCCGGGAUUCAGCUCUCUGGUGAUCUCAGGGGAGUCAGGCCUCUGGCCGCACACUCUGGUAAGACAGGGUGAGAGCUCUGUCCUUUGCAAGGAGGCUGGUUUCGAUUUGGAUUUCUUUGGUCAAGACUCGAAGGAAAAUCCCAGUGCUUUGCUUUUCAUGGGAUACUCACAUCAGUGUCGGUGUCUCUGAGCAGUUUGGGAUGCAUGUAAUUCCCAGUUUCUUACCACGGGGCCACGGGUCAGCUUGGUUGAAUGCAGGCCCCCUGUGAAUGUGUUCACCCUCUCCGAGCACAGGUGUGACAAAGCAGGAUAAACAGUGAGGCAUCGUGGAGGUUUGGAAGGUGGUCAGCUUUGAUUUGGAGAGGUUUGAGUAUGAAGAAGAGGCCAGUGAGAAAUUGAGUCGGGCAAUGGAAAGUAAGGCCUGAAGUGUUCCACUGGAGGUAGAUUGGAGGACUGGCCUGUAAGGAGGAAGAAAGACAGCAGGAGUGGACAGCUGUUGAGAAGCCUGACACCUGGCUGCCCUCAAGCCCCAAGGCCAGGGAGGAUGGGGCUGCUCCCUGGGAAGAACUGGGUCUCAGGGCUCCCUAGGCACUGCCCAAACUGGCUAGGCCAGCAGAGGGGCAGGAAGUGAGAGUCCAGGCCCAGCAUAGGGAGGGGGAGGAGCUGCAAAUAAGAGCCUGAAGGAGGAAGGGUAGGGACCAUCCCUUUCCCCAAGGUCAUAGCUUAGAAGGUGAACAAUGCAAUUUGCAAAUAAAGCCUUCUGUUUCUGAA